AUGGAUACCAGAGAGGAUGAACAGUUCAGUCUUUCUCUUCAGACUAGCAAUUUCAAAGCAGCCUUGGUUGAUUUUGACAAAUUGGUUGAACAGACAAUGAUCCAGAAAAAAGGGGAAAGAGCAGGCUUGUUUAUCUCAAAAGAAGAUGCCAUCAAUUACGAGAAGUUUUACACAACCGUGCAACAUCUGUUUGGUCCUGAAGUGAAAAACCAAGAUGUGAAAUGUUUUUACAGGAAACUCUGCAACAAUCCCGAUGCAAAAAUCGACUGGUGUGAGAUCUUUGGGUAUUUCUCCGAUGAAGGUGGUCUUACUACACAGAUGGAUGAAGACAAUUUGGUUUUCCUUGUGUCUAAAAAACAACGAAUUGAGAUUUCAGGUAGUAGACGACGAGAUGUGAUUAAGUGCAUUAUCAAGGUCCCCCAGUUCGAUUUACUGAUAACAGCUUCUCAGAAAGGAUUUAUAACAGUCUUUAACAGCCAGAUGAGAAUUCAGACCAGCACCAAUGUCACUGAUAUCUCCUGGAUUACAGGCUGUGAUUACCUCGGCCAGCUGAAACGAAUCGUCGCCACGACAGAAAGGACCAUUAUUGUCUGGGAUUAUAAAGCUCAAGGAAGUAGCCAGGAGAACUAUUUCAUCAUCAAGCCCAUGGACCACUGCCUGCUAUGUGUGUGUGUGGUGCCACUGCCUGACCAGCUCUACAGAGAUGACAUCCUUCUGGGGGAUGACGGGGGGUUUGUGAACAGAUUCACCAUAAACAGUGAUGACUUUGAACUCAAACAGGCAAAGACCAAAAAGAAAACGGAAACUCAGGUCUUAGACUCCAAGAACUUUAAAAGUGUUAAAAGGAAGCUGCAUAAUGAUUGGGUUAUGAAAAUCAGAUUCAUCCCAUCUCUGAACUGCUUUGGAUCCUGCUCCUUAGACAGUGUCCAUUCAUUAGUUUUGGAAUCCUUGAAGAGACUUGAGGACAAUUUGCCAGUCAGAGAGUUUGCCAUGCCAAGAGGAGCGAACACUUUCUGCUACUGCAUUAAGGCUAACGUGAUUGUCACCGGAGGAAAUGACAAAGUCCUCAGGUUGUGGCACCCCAAUAUCAGCACCAAGCCAGUCGGGAAGCUGGUGGGGCACAUGUUUAGCAUCACGGAGAUCGUCACCAAUGAGAAAGAGCAGCAUGUCAUCAGCCUUUCCUCUGCAAAGGUGUUCCGGGUGUGGGACAUUCAGACUCUGUCUGUACUGCAAGUCUUCCACGACAGCCAGGGAGGACCAGGAAACAUGCAGAUUUACUCGAUGGUGUAUGAUUCCAGUCAUGGCAUGCUCAUUACAGGAUCAAGUGUUAUAGACAUGUACCCUUUGACUAGGAUGGUACAAGACACAAAGCAGGUUCCUCAUACUCAUGAACGAGAAAUCAAUGUCAUGCUUUACAACAAAUAUUUCCACCAAGUACUCACCAUCUGCUCAGAAUCCAUAAUUAAGGUAUGGGAACUUGAGAGUGGCCUCCAAAUAUACCAGAUUCUAGACCCUCACGGAUUCAAUAUUGAACUGACUUGCGCAGCUAUUGACGAAACUGGAUUUCUUUUUACCACGGGAGCAUAUAAUGGGACAGUUAAGAUCUGGGACUUUGGCAGUGGGCAGGAGAUGAAGGUGUUGCCAGAAGAGAAGGGCUGGAAGGAGGAGGAGCACGCAUUGCUGCGCCUGUUUUUCCUCAAAGCCCAGGUCAAGCAGCAGUACCUGAUCCUUGCCUUGGAGCGCAACGGGACUAUCAAAAUGCUACAGGGUAAGGAGGAUGAUGCACUCCUUGUGGCAGUGUGGGAGCUACCUGAUGUCAUGCCUUACCUGAAAUGUGGGAGUCACAUUGUGCAUCUGAGGAUGGCAACUGAAGAGAGGGCUGUGCCUAUUCCUUUCCCGGAUGUCGAGCUAGUCAUUCAGAAAAGCUCUACUCAACAUGCUAAUAGUCCUAGCAUCAAUGCUGAGAUAAACUGCCUUGAUAUAUUUCAGUUAGAGGGAUAUAAUUUGAUGGUUGCUGGAACCUUAAAUGGAAUGAUCAUCCUAUGGAAUUUUAUAACAGCUACUGUUAAAGAAAUAUACCGACCUGAAGACUGCUUCACCGUGGAUCCUGAUUUGGACCCCAAACGCUUUCGGAUUAAUGACAUAAUGUUCCUCUUCCGUCCUCCUGACUGUGUAAGGAGAUCCAGUCAGGAUUCUGUAUGCUCUUCAACCCAGUGUGAUUCCAGCAAGGGUCCACAGAGCAGCAAGGGAAGCAAGCAAAGUAUUCAGGAGAAUGAGGCCAAAGGUCAGCAGGCAGAUCUCUACAUUGCAGGAGAGCAACAGUCAGUGGCCAAAAAGCAGCCCAUGCCUACCAACCUAAUGGAAGCACAGCCUCCCAUCCUGGUCACCGCGCACGAAGACGGACACCUCCGCUUGUGGACACUGGAGGGGAAACUUCUGAAAGACAUGCUGCCCUUUACGAAGUACUCGGCCAUUUCCUUGACAACUCUGUUCACCGACUCCUGCUGCAGGACCCUGCUGGCUGGGAAUGUGGAAGGACAUGUUAUCCUUUGCAGUAUUAGUUCCUUCAUGGAUACACCUCAUGAUGAAAAGAAAUUCAAGCAGCUGCUUUCCUGGCGUGCUCAUUCUUUAGAAAUUAUUCAAGUGAUCUACGUGGAGGACAAGCAGCUGGUGCUCACUGCCUCCAUCGAUGGCUCUGUGAGGCUCUGGUAUUCCAACACUGGGCAUUACUGUGGAUAUUUUGGACAGCGAAGAACAUUUGAAUUAUCUCAACCAAGUGAUUUCAUUUUGCCUUGUGAUGUCAAUGAAUUUCCCAUAGAGAUAAAAGAAGAAAGCAGAGUCACAGAGAAGAAGCAAAAAUACGAAUAUCCUCUGCUAUUUGAUCGGGAAAGAUGGAAAAAAACGAGCUCACUGUCUUUGCUUUUCAAACAUACACCUCCCAAGCCCUUUGAAGUACAGCAUGAUUUUAAGUUUUUCAAGUCUCUUUCUUCUCCUAAGAUCCGCAGAUAUGCUCUGGAAGGUUUCGUGACGGAAAACAAAGAAGCAGGGAUUGUUUUUGGUUCUCUGCCUAUAUACAGGGUACCGAGUCCCAUGAGCCUAAGAUUCCUUCCACUCAUUGGUUCUGAAGCACAAAGGGAAUCUGUAGAUGCCGUUUACGGAAAGAAGAAGGGCGGUCAUGUUCAACAUGAGAAAAUGCCACGGAGACAAAGCCUGAAAAAAAAUUUAGUCUCACAGAUAAAUCUGUCUUCAUCCUUCUUCCCAACCAUGCCCAAGUGA